AUGCCUCUCACAGUUGACCAAGUCGCACUCAGGCAUGCAGCCAGCGUGUACGCAGGGAAUGCAAUCUCGAUGUUUGAGGGUGGUAUCCAACUCUUUAUGUGUCUCUAUGGACUGGUAACCUACCUCGAAACGCCGAAAGAUCUGAAGAAGGGACGUGCUUCGUACAUAGUCAUGAGCUUUACGAUUUUGGCUCUAUCCCUCGUCCCGACUAUCCUGGGGCUUUAUAACCAAUUUCGAGGGCUUUAUUAUUCGAGUGGGGGCCUGUCGUAUAUUAGCGCUCAGGAGGGUAUACUAUCGGAGUGGCCGUACGUCACUGGAACUGCGUUCACGUAUGCGUAUGUUGUUUUGGGCGAUGGUCUAUUGCUGUAUCGAUGUUAUAUCAUCUGGCAGGACUUUUGGUGGGUGACGAUUGUACCGGGGAUGAUGUACCUCGCAUAUAUUGGGAUAGCAAUCUACUACACAACCACCAUCCCGACGCAACAGCUCUCAGUCGCAGCGGACGCGCGAAUCUACCUCACGAUCUCCCUCUUAACCGUCCUCCUCAACAUCAUCCUCACGUCGCUUCUCUCGAUCAGACUCCUGCGCGCGCAGAGAGACCUUUCGAAGGUUCUGCCGAACCGCGAUAUGAAGCUGUACACACGAGUGGUUGCGAUCCUUAUCGAGUCGGCGGUUCCGUUGACUGUGUUCAGCCUGGUCUCGGCUGUCCUCGAUGCGGUUAAUGUGCUGGGAACUGCGGCUCAGGCUGUAGAUUUGCUUGGUGCCUCUAUCGUGUUCAACUCGCUGUAUACGAGUUUCGCGGCGCUUUCACCGCAGAUGAUUAUUUUCUGGGUUACGACGGGUCGAUCUUGGACAGAGCGCGGAAAGAGUGUUGGGGUGUAUGGGGAGAAGUCGACGAGGUUGUCGCAGCCUAUUGCGUUUAGUUCUAGUCCGGUGAGGAGUGAAUCGCUUGUGGAGGAGGAGUGUUGA